GCCGUUGCGAGGCGACGCAGACGCGCCGCCCGCGACCUUAUGCCCCCAGACUAGGAACAAGAGGCCGAUGCUCCUAUUUAGGCAGCUCUUCCAGCGCCUCCCGACGGUUCCCACACCACAGCCCUGGGAGCAGAUUGUACACUAAGUGUACAUCAGUUAGUCUUUUGGUGACUUGGCUGUGAUGUGGUUCGGUUGACAGGCGUGUGAAGAGAACUUCCAUUUCACGAGCUGCUCUAGUGGACAUCAUCCCAGGGUCAAGAAUGGCAGCUGUGAGAAGAGUGAUUUGCUUCCUACAGCAGAAUUUAGUGAAGAUCAGCUUUCCCACUUCACAUCAGCUGCAUACAUCCCCCAGCCAGCUCAACUCCAACCGGGCUUCUCUCACUCGAAUGCACAGGAAGGCUUAUGCUCGGUUGUAUCCAGUGCUGUUGGUCAAGCAAGAUGGAUCUACCAUUCAUAUCAGAUAUAAGGAGCCUCGGCGGAUCCUUACAAUGCCAGUGGAUAUUGACACACUUUCUCCAGAGGAAAGAAAGCUAAGGCUACGCAAACGGAGUUCCAAGCUUGUUGAAGUGGAAAAGAAAGAGACAGAGUUUGGAGAUGACUUCAAUGUGGAGCAAUACACAAAAUUUUGGAAGAAAAACUGAACAUGUUUUGAUGUUAAGAUUGUAUAAAGGGUGAGUGCAUUUAAUGCACCCAAAUAUAUCAUGAUUUUAAAAAAUUAAAAACUGAUAAACCCUAUAAUGAUGCACUUAUUUAUUUUUUGUGUGGAUGGUUUUCUUAGACUUUUUUCCUCUGCUGCUUCUCCGUGAUUCAAACCUUUCCCAUUGACCUAAGGGGCAACUUCUGUAUGCAUAGCAGUGAGAAAUAAAGGACAAUAUGUGACCCCU